GCUGAUGUUCUUAAUCCUCUUCUCCUCAUUCCCUCCUCUCCUUCAUGACUAUAGAGACUAUGCACAGGACUACCAUGACUCAAACCACAGUGACAGCAGGAAAUAGGAAUGUAAGUGUGAGCUGUAUAAUGCCAUACGAUGAAGGCCGCAUUCCACUCCUGGUGAUCUACAUUGCCGUGCUGCUUGUGGGGCUGCCAGCCAACAUGGCCACCAUUUAUCUUACGAUCCUCAAGAUACUACACAGCAAUGUUCUGGCCAUCUACCUGCUGAGCCUGUCGCUAAGUGACUUCACCUACCUGUUGACGCUGCCUGGGUGGGCUGUUUAUGUGAGCAACAGCCACUACUGGCCCUGGAGUUCUCUGGCAUGCCAGGUCACAGGGUACGUGUUCUUCACCAACAUGUACAUCAGCAUCUUCCUACUCUGUUGUAUCUCCAUAGAUCGCUACAUGGCCGUGGUCUAUGCUUUGGAGUCACGUGGGAUCCGGCACCAGAGACUUGCUGCUUUUGUGACUCUUGCUAUCUGGGGUGUUGUGGGGCUUGGCCAUGCCCCUGUUUUCAGCAUGCCCGAGGGCCAGGGUGGCAGAGGAGAGCACCGCUGCUUCGAGCCGAGUCAAAGCACGGCCACUGUGACAGGGUUCAACUAUGCUCGCUUCAGCGUGGGCUUUAUUGCUCCGCUCGCUGUGCUAAUCUACACCAACCACAGCAUCUUGGCUAGUCUGCGUGCGAGUGUGAGUAUAACGGUGCACCAGAAGCAGAAGGUGCGUCGCUUGACUGUGGCAGUGGUGCUGCUCUUCCUGCUCUGCUUUGGCCCGUACCACAUGCUCCUGCUGUUACGUGCCAUUACUUACCACUUUCCAUCACUGCAGGAUGACUGCCACUUUGAGCAGGGCGUCUACACACCCUACAUCAUCUCGCUGGGCCUGUCCACAAUCAACAGUGCUGCUAAUCCUGUCCUGUUCAUGCUGUCCAGCGAUAGCAUCAAAAAGGAGAUCCAGCACUGUAUGACAGGCCUCAGGAGCAGAUGCUGCCAAUGCUGCAUAGAUAGCAGCCAGGACAUAAGCACAAAAACUCUUAAUACACAAGGCCAAGGGACCAGAAUGGACUGAAGACUGAUUAUCUGAAACAGUGGCUUUUCCACAGGACAUUUUGGACCUACAGGAGAGCUAAAAAGAUACAGAGUACAGAGCGCAUGACAUUACAUCUUUUACACAUUGAUCAGUCUCUUCUAAUGCACAAUGACUACAGAAAGGUCUACUGAAAUGGAUUUUUAUGGUAUCACUAUUUUCAGUAAUAGCAGUCAAAGUCACUGAGAUCAGAGAACGAGAUUUUUUCCCCCAUUCUGAUGUUUGAUGUGAACAUUGAACUGAAGCUCUUCUCCCGUAUCUGCAUAAUUUUAUGCAUUGUACUGCUGCCACGUGAUUGUACU